AUGGGAGUACAAUUCCAUACCCGCCUCAAGCAAAACUGAUGCGCAGUGGUCUCGCGAAGUCUUCCAUGAAUUUUACUAUCUGGUUAUUCCUUUUAAUUCUUUUGCUGUUGAUGCUGAUCCUCCUCUACCUGUGCUACCAGAAAUGCAAGGAGAAGCGUGCACUGUCCCGCGUUGGCAGUGCCGAUGCGAACCAGCGUUUGGUUAGUGGUGUCGAUACGCAGCACCCAACUACUUCCGGAAUUUCGCCACAUCUGGGUGCUACUGAAUUCACGAAAACUGAUACUGCUGGUGCAAAAACAACAACAACAACUACUACUGCAACAGUAACAACCACAACAACAGCUAUUACUACAAAUGCAAUGACUAGCGCAGCUAACAACACUGGUGCUGACGGUGGCCAGGUAAUAAUGGCAUUAGAUGCAAAUUCAGGCAACGGCACCCAAGGUGCAACAUCAAGGCAAGCAACUGCACUGACAAUUCCGGGUCAAAACCCGCAUUCAGCACGACAGUUAAAUUUGGAACGGAUUGAACCAACUGUGCUGACAAUCGAACCGCGUUACGACUCCCGGCAACUAACAGAAGAGCGCCUUUCAGCGCCCAGCCGGAACAAGCAAAACGUGCUAUACGGAGAGCGAGAGGGUACAACAAGUGGUACUCGGACAAGAGAGGAAACACUGCUGAAACUUCGUCGCGGUGAGCUGUUCGAACGCCCUCGGAUGUCCGUUCUGGACCAUACGUCAGCAAUCAGCUUGGAUGAAUUCUGGAACAAAAAUGACACUUCAACAAUUGUUCGGAAUGAGAGGAGCUGAAG